AUGGCUGAUAAUCAGUACGCUCCUCUGACAGCCAAUAUCGUGCGUACAUUGACGGAUAAGCUCUACGAGAAAAGAAAAGCAGCAGCGCUCGAUAUAGAAAAGUUAGUUAGAGAUCUUCAUGCUACCAAUCAACUUACUCAGCUCGACAAACUGCUUACGGUCCUUCGUGAGCUUGCGAUGGCUAGCAAUGGGCAUACAAGAAAAGGCGGUUUGAUAGGUCUGGCUGCAGCCGCUAUCGCUCUCGGGAAGAACGCGCCACCUUACACAGUCCAUUUGAUAGAGCCUGUGCUUUCUUGUUUCAAUGAUCCAGAUUUGAGGGUGCGAUACUAUGCCUGUGAGGUGAGCUGUUCCAUUCCGAAGUCUUGUUUACGGGGUCUUUCACUAUAA